AUGUCACCUCCCAGGCUUUCAACAGAGUGUCGAAACGAUGGAAUACACCUAGAAGAGUACUCAGCAGAAGAGAACAAAGGGUCGAAGAGAGCUGAGAACGACAUCGAAUCAACAUUUGAGGAAGAUGAAGCUGAAGAGGACAGAUUACUCUCUUCCAGCAACCCUGAAGUAGACGAGGAGAUUAGUACGGGCCCUUGUUCAUCCGAAUCGGCUCAUGAUAGCUUUGCAAAAGACCCAUUUAAGCCGUUCAAUAUCCAUGGCCCUCCAAGUGCUGGAAAGGAGAGUAUCCUGACCUUUAGAGCUCUGCUUGUCGGAAUCCUCUGCGGAGCACUGGUGAAUGCAUCAAACAUAUACCUGGGUCUCCGGGCAGGCUGGACAGCGUCAGCAAAUAUAUUUGGAUCAAUUAUCGGAUUUGCAGUCCUCAGAUCAUGGUCGUCCCAUUUCCCGCCGUCGUCUUUGCUAGGCGGGUUCUUUGGGCCACAGGAGAAUAACAUUGUUCAGACGGCUGCUACCGCUGCUGGGGGACUGUCAAGUGUUUUUGUUUCUGCAUUCCCGGCAAUGUAUCAGUUGAACUUGCUUGAUACCCCUUGGAAAGACUUCUUUCGCCUCACCAUCCUCACGGCUGCGGGUGGAUAUUUCGGUUUGUUCUUUGCAACUCCUCUGCGCAAGUUCUUUAUUUUUCAAGUUGCUAGGGAGCUCAAUCUUGUGUUUCCCUCGUCUUCUGCGACUGCAAUUACAAUCUCGAGCAUGCAUCUUGCUGCCGGAGGGUCGCAGUUGGCCCGUCAAAAGAUGGUGGCUUUGGCGCUUGCUUUUAUCUUUGCGCUGGUGCUUAGAGUUGUGUCUCAAUAUGCUCCGGGUGUUCUCUGGGACUGGCACAUCUUCACUUGGCUGGCGCUUUCGGGGAUAUUUCCUUCCACAAUGUUCGCAAUUCAAAGCUGGGGUUGGUUUAUAGAAUGGACUCCGGCAUUCAUAGGUACCGGAAUGCUAGUUGGGAUGAAUAUUUCUUUAUCUUUCGUUUUUGGGUCAGUAUUAGCAUGGGGUAUUGUUGGACCAAUUAUUACAAAACUGGGACUGGCGUUUGGGACACCAGCAUCGGAAGAUAGAAAAUGGGAUGGGUUGAUAUCAUACAUCUCCUUUUCAAAGGAACGGAUAGAACUUGCCUGCCAGUGGAAAGUAUUCUGGCUCACAGGGCUAGAGGUUUUCAAAGGAUGCCAGAAAAUAAUAUCUCAACUACAAUCCAAACAGCAUAAAUAUGAACAUCUUUCUGAGGAAGGGCUAGAGAGUGAAACGAACCGAACCACGGCAGGCGACAUUAAACAGUGGAUGUGGCUACCAGGGCUUAUUGCUGUGCUCAUAUUGACUUGUGUAGUUAGCAAACUACAGUAUGAUAUCCCUAUAGUUUCAUCACUUCUAUCACUUUUCCUCGCAUUCAUUUUCUCAUUUAUUGCCGUCCAGGCAACAGGUGCAACCGAUAUAGCUCCACUGACCGCCAUAUCGAAGGCUUCCCAGCUGGUUCUAGGAGCCACAACUCGUGGCCCAGAGUGGUCAUUAGAAAGAUCUCAACGGGUCAAUUUACUUGGGGGAGCUCUCUCAAGCAUAGGUGCUAAUCAGGCCUGUGACCUCACCGGUGAUUUUCGAGUUGGAUUUUUACUCAACACGCCUCCUCGCACACAAUACGCUGCCCAAGCCGUCGGAACGUUUUUCGCAGUCUUCCUCGCACCAGCUGUUUUUUCUGUCUUUGCUAGUGCAUAUCCUUGCAUUUUAUCUUCGGGUGGUGAAUAUCCUAGUAGUACCAACGGAUCUGCAAGCAUUUCUUGCCCCUUUACAGCCCCUGCUGCAUCUGCCUGGCGUGCUGCAGCGGUAGCUGUGACAGACCCGGACUUUCCGGUACCUAAAUCCAGCAUACAGUUCUCUAUAGCUAUGGCUGUAAUAGGUUCGGCCUUGGUUCUAGUUCGACAUAAUCUGUGGAUAGGUAAGUGGCUAUGGAUGCGUGACUACCAUCCGAAUAUGAUGACUGUGGCUAUGGCAUUUCUUAUACCUACCACACAAUACGGUACGGCUAUGCUUAUUGGUACGGUGAUAACCAUGGCCUGGAAAAGGAAAAAUAUGAAAUCGUUUGAAGCAUAUGGUUACGCUGUUGCGGCAGGGUUUAUGGCUGGUGAAGGCAUUGGAGGUGUGAUUAAUGCGAUAUUGACAAUAAUUGGACUAGAUGGAGAGCGACUUGGAACAAAUAUUGGGUAUAGAUAA